AUGAAAAAGAAAAAUUUAUAAGGAAAGAAUUGUACAAUUCCUGGAUUUUUAUCAAAAACCUACAAAAUACUUGAGAGUUGUGAAUAUAAUGAUAUAAUUUGUUGGAAUGAAGAUGGCAGAGCUUUCAAAAUAAAAUCUCCAAAUGAGUUUGCUGAAAAAGUAUUACCUAAAUAUUUUAAAACGAAUAAUUUUGCAUCAUAUGUGAGAUAACUUAAUAUGUAUGAUUUCCAUAAAAUAAGACAUGAAAGUGAAGAAAAUGAAUGGAGACAUAGAUUAUUUAGAAAAGGAUAUCCAAAUUUACUAUAUGAUAUCAAAAGAAAAAUUUACGAUAAUCAAUAAUUAGUAGAAAAUAUGAAAUAAGCUUAAUAAGAAUAAAAUGAUAAAAGAAACUAAUAAAUGUAAAAUGAAUAUAAUGAUAAUGAUAAUGAUAAUGAUAAUGAUAAUGAUAAUGAUAAUGAUAAUGAUAAUGAUAAUGAUAAUGAUAAUGAUAAUGAUAAUGAUAAUGAUAAUGAUAAUGAUAAUGAUAAUGAUAAUGAUAAAUGA